AUGUUUUCUGCAUUAAGAACGUCCGCUGUCAGAGUCAACACCUCUUUCAUUAGAAACUCCAUUAGAACCAAGGUUUCUCUUCCAGAAUUGAAGUAUAAAUUUACCGAGUUAGAACCAUUCAUUUCUGCUGAUUUGAACACUUUGCACUACACUAAGCACCAUCAAACCUACGUCAAUGGUAUCAACCAAGCCUUAGAACAACAUGCACAAGCAGAAGCUGCUGGUGAUUUGAAGAAAUGCGUUGAAUUACAACAAAACAUCAAGUUCCACGGCGGUGGUUACCAAAACCAUUGUUUAUACUGGGAAUCUUUAGCACCACAAUCCAAUGGCGGUGGUAAGUUGCCAUCUGAAGAUAGCGGCCUAUACAAGGCAGUCACCACACAAUAUGGUUCUUUUGAAAACUUAAUCAAGAAGGCUAAUGCAGCUUUAGCUGGUGUCCAAGGUUCUGGCUGGGUUUUCAUUGCCAAGAACACCGACAAUGGCGCAAUUGAGAUUGUCCAAAGGUACAACCACGAAACUUGUUCUGGCAACUUGAAACCGCUACUUGCUCUUGAUGCCUGGGAACACGCUUAUUACUUACAGUACAAGAACGUCAAGGCUGAAUUUUUCUCUGCUAUCUGGAAUGUUGCUAACUGGGCUGAAGCUUCCAGAAAAUACGAUCAAGCAUGA